AUGGAUUUGGGAAUUGUGGUGUUGCUGGGGACGCGUUGACUUGUACAAAUAUUAAUAAGCACCAUCUUCUACUACCCCACGAAACAUUCUCAUCUAAACCUCACCGGAGAUGAAGAGCUCCUCCGCCAUAGUUCACCCCUCACCCACCACCACAGACGAGUCAUCGAGACAUUUUAUUAACAAACGAGUGAUUGAUUUUACUAUGUUCUCACUUUUGUUCGUUGGUUUUCUUUACAUCUUAGUCUCCAUCCCCUUCAAAGACGACUCUUUGUUUUCCUCCCUCAAAUCCCAUUACAAUCUCUCAACCACGUACAACAUGAUUGUCUACAGAGAUGAGCUUGAGGCAAUCUUGGCUGAAACUGCCACAGAAAACAAGACAGUGAUAAUAGCAGUAGUAAACAAAGCCUAUGUUGAAGGAGACAAGUCCAUGCUUGAUCUCUUCUUGGAUAGUUUCUGGCUUGGCGACGACACACGGGGCUUGACAGAUCAUCUCCUAAUCGUGGCCGUCGAUCAGACGGCCUAUGAAUUCUGCAUGUUUCUUAAGCUUCACUGCUACAAGCUUGAAACGGACGGUGUAGAUUUUGAUGCGGAGGAGAUGUUUAUGUCUGAUGAUUUUAUCAAGAUGAUGUGGAGGAGAACUCUGUUUCUUGGAGAUGUACUCAAGCGUGGCUAUAAUUUCAUCUUCACGCCCUUAGCCCGAAAAGAACUUUCGCCAGUACUACGUACCGAGCAAAGGCUUGGUUCGCCUUCUCGGCUUACUAAUUGAGGCACGCAAAGCUCCUAUUCUUCUCAACUACAUCCCUACCUAUUGCAGUCCGUUGCCCGACGUCCCCAAAAGAAGCCAAACUCCACAUUCUGUCACAACUCCUCUAACAACCUCAUCUCUAAGGCCAGUUCAGGCUUCCUCAUCCAAUCCUACAGGCCAGCCAUCCACCUUGGCCACUCAGUUAAUCCUCCCAGCUUAACGUUAGCGCCAACUCUGAGCUCUUCCAAACGCUCCCGCCGGCAGAACUCACAGUCACAAACACCGAUGUACGAUCCAACAAAACCCUCCAAUCACUCUGUCAGCUAUUCAUUUUGGCUCCAGAGUCACCGUCGCCCAAAGUCAAAAGAGUGAAAAGGUCCAAGGCCAAAGCCACCGCCACCGCCACCAAAAUUGAAUCCGAGGACACAGUGUCGAUUUCCAAAUUGGUCGAAACCGAGAAGACUACUUCUGCGGCCGAGAAGAGGCCUACCGAGGCUGAGCUAUCUGACAAACCUUAGAAAAGGCCGAGGUCCAAAGGUGUGACUCCUCUUGGUGCUUUCCCUGCCAAUGAGCCCUGGGUUCCAGCAGUCAGGCUUGGAGAACGACCUCUGCUUGCCGGCGAUAGUGCCCUUGACUCUGUGGAAGUUGGUGUUGCCAUUUCUACCACCGUUCUGUUACCGGCCGACCUCAACCACAUGGCCGAGCUGACAGAAUAUGAGAACUAUGCACUAAUGAUGCAGCAUUGCGUCCUGAUAAGUCUCUUUACUUUAUCUUUUAAAGUUUUCCAAUACUUAGCCAAAUUUUACUAAUCUGUUUCAUUUCUUACAAGCCAUCCAGUAAGGGUCAUUCUUUGGCUAUCAAGACUGAGGAAUUUAAGAGGGAAUUAACCAAGAAGACUAAGGAGGCUACCAAGCUCCUCUUUUCGCUUUACCAGGCCAAGGUUCGCAUCCGAGGUUUGCUGGACCAAGCCAAGGCUGCUCAGGCUACACAAAACAAGGCCGAAGACCGCGCUGAAGCAGUUGAAAACGUUCCUACGGUAGCUAAGGCCGAAUUAAAAGAGGCCGAGGAAAAGAUUGUCAAGGCCCAGAGUGAACUUCAAUCUGCGCUCGCCACGAAGGAGGCCAAAAUAAAGCAGCCGACGAGAAGGCUUACGCCGAGGGUGGCAGUCUAUCAGAAUAUUCUGAUAGACUUUUUCAAAUUUCUAGAGAAAUUAAUAUAAUCCAAAACUUAGUUUUUCAAAGUUAAUGAUGUGGCAGUCUAUCAGAAUAUUUAAGACACAUCUCUCUCUCUCUCUCUCUCUUAUUUUCCCUAACCAUUAGCCAAUCAAUUCUAUUACACAUCACUAAAUUUGAAAAAUGAGUCUAAAAAGUAAACUUAUAUAUAUUUUUUUAAUAUAAUUUGCCCUAUCAAUAAUACUUUUAUGGGACAAUAAAAAAAAAAAAUCAUUGGAUUUGAAUAUUAUAAUAAAAUAAACAUUGAUUUUUUUAAUUUUGUCAAUUUAAACCUUAAUAUUUUGAUUCAUUUACAAUUUAAAUCAUUUGUCUAUUUUUGUUAACUAAAACAAUAGAAAAAUAAUAUUUUACUUGUUAAUUCAACGUAAAUAUAUAUAUAAUAUCUAAAACACUAUUUUUUAUUGAGGAUGACUAAAUUACUAUUUUUUCUAUUGAUUUUAUUCGAUGAAAAUAUAUAAAUAAUUUAAAUUAAAAAUAAAUAAAAAAUUUAAAGUUUAAAAUUUAAAUUGAUAAAAUUAAAAUUUUAAGAUUUAAUUUAUUACAAGAGUCAAACGUUAGGAAAAAAAAAAUUGGGUGGUACGCUGGUAAUUUCCCUAACUUUUGAAGUGUUUUGGAAAGUUAGUAAAAAGUUGACUUUUUAAACUUAUUUUGUCUUUUUAUGGAUAAGUUAUAUGGAAGGUGAUGUGACUUAAAAUAACUAAAAAGUUAGAAGUUAAUUUUUUACCAACUUCUCAAAAGAACCCUUUAUUGAAACUCACACGUAUUAUUCAAUGUUACAUAAGGUGUAAUCCACAUUGUGUGUUGUAUUAUAAUUGAAGAGGGGGCUAUAAGUAUAACUGUCUAGAUUAUUGAUAAAAAAAAAUUAUAAUAAUAUAAUUUUAUCAUUUUUUUUUAAACAAUUAGAUUAGUUUUAUUUUUCUGAAACCAAAUCAAACCAAACCUUAAAUUCUAUCAAAUAGAGUCGAUUAUAUGAAUAUUUUUUCUCCACUUGAUUCUGUUAGUCAAAUUAAAAAAUUUAUAUAUCUAUUUACUAUACUAACCCACGUGAAUCUAUGUUUGUCCUUUCCCCUAAUGCUGUAUUUGGUUGAGGGAUUUGGAUAG